CGUCCAUCCAGCGCCCAAAACGCGCUGCCAAAUCGACGCGUGCCGCGCUCAGUCGACGCCAGCCACACUUUCACGCGUUACAGAAAGACCGAGACCCAUCAGGGGCAGCCAGAACCAUGGCGCCGGCGGCCAAGGACACCACCAGCAAAAAGGAUGGCAGCAAGACGAGGAAGGACGCGGCCAAGUCCAAAGAUAGCGUCGAGAAGGAGCCGUCCGUGGAAUUGACGGAGGAGGAACAGCUCGAGGAGUCCCGGAAGGCCGUCGAGGAGAUGAUGGGCGUGUCCGUGUAUGAAGCCUUACAGCACGAGCGCGAGCGGCAAGCUAAAGAAGGUAAGCGCCGCGCUUCCGUCUCGAGGUUCAUGUACGUCGGGAAGUUAGCUGAAGGUAGUACGGAUGAAGAGGUGUUGGCCCAGACCAAAGGGGUGGUGGCCGAGCUGGACGCGGCCAUCGAGGAUAGCCCCUGGAACCACCCCACCACGGUGGAGGACAUGGCCGUCACUGGACUAUGUCUCGCCCACGCGAACUGCGUGGUCGGCGUCUUCGAGACGAAGUGCCCGAACGCCCUGGACUUUUUGACCAAACUAGAAAAAAUCCCGGCCCUCGAGGACAAGGAAUGUAGAGUAUUGAUGUGCACCGAAGAUUGUCCUUCAAGAAACUUCACGGGAAACCACUUCCGGAAAGUCUCGAAAAAACCGGACAACUUCGAACUUUCGGAUGAUUUGGACGACGUUGAUGUCGCGUGGGACCUGUUCCAAGACGUCCUGAAGGUCCACCAGAUUUGUACCCGAAGGAACGUGCCGGACCCCAUGGACUGCGGGGCCGCGGAUUUCAUUCCUUCCGCCGAUCGGAUCCGGGCUUGUGCGGAUUCUAACCAUAAAAAGCCCUGGUUCACGUUACGGGAAUUCCUCGAGUUCUUCACGGACCCCAUCCACAUCGAAUUAGAAUCCGAUAAAGUCUGGCCGACGCAGCGCUUCGAGCAGGUCACGGGCUAUUUGGAUGAUGUGAACGACGACCUGACGUCGAAGAACCCGCUGCCGCCGGGCAACGAGAUCGGGCCCGAGGACAUUAAGAACUGAGGUUUCUUCUCGUGUUGUUGG